GACAAUGACUGCAAAAGAGAGCCACAGAGAGAAAGCAUAGAGCGAAAGAGGACGACGGCAGCUGAAGAAACGUUAAGAACGAACCGAACACGGAAAGCUCGAGAGAUCGAGAGAGACAGAGAGGUUAAUGGGGACGACCACAAUGAUGAUGCCAAUGGGAAAAACAACCCCAUGUGCUACCACUCUUGAGGGGCACAUCAUUGGCUUGAGCCUCCCAUGGCUGCCCACCGUCUCGACCUCAAGCAUUCAAGAGGCAGAAGGAGAGGCAAUGGGCCACCACCAAUCAAGCAUGCCCGCAGAUGGGGAAGAAGAAGGAGAAACGAUUCAGAUGGAGCCCGAAGCCGAUGUCUUAAGAUCCCAAAUUGGUCCCAUCUUCAUCAGUUCGCUCCCCAACUGGAAAUUCUACCAAAACCCAUUUUAUCAGUGCCACCACCACGAUCACCAUAGCAGAGAGCAAGAAUUAGAGACUCCCCAGGAACAGAGAACUGCAGCCAUGGGCGUUCAACCCUCUGAGAACACACGUUGCUGCUACCAACGUCGAAUCAAAGUCUUAGAAGACCAGCAGGCACGAACGCUCUCCUUGGUCUCGUUCCUUAGAUCAGAGCUCGACUUGUCGCGGGACAGAAUUGCGGAGCUGAGGUCUGUGGUCAAGGCAGUGCAGAGCGAGCUUGACAUAGAGUGCAGCGCGAGGCGGAGGCUACAGGGGAUGAACAGGAGCCUCGGCAAGGAGCUUGAGAAGGAGAGGGCAGCAAGGGAGGUGGUGGAAGGUGUCUGCGAAGAGCUGGCGAAGGAGAUGGGGAAGGACAGAAAGGAAGUGGAGGAGAUGAGGAGGGAGUGCGAGAGGGUGAGGGAGGAGGUGGAGGAGGAACGGCGGCUGCUGCGGCUAGCGGAGGCAUGGAGGGAGGAGCGGCGGAUGCUGCGGAUGGCAGAGGUAUGGAGGGAGGAGCGCGCGCAGACGAAACAGGCGGAAGCUCGGCGCCUUCUGGAGCACAGUAUCUCUAACCUCAGCCCUGCCGAACGGCGGGACAAGAAGGAUGAGUCGCCGGAGACGGUGGUCGUCAUCGCUGACUCUGCUCCUAAUACUGCUAAUGGUGGUGGGGGUGGCGAUGGUGACGACGGCAGGGCGGUGGUGGGAUGGAACAAGCAGCACCAGACGGAGAAUCCCCACAUACGGAGAGGCAUCAAAGGCUUCGUGGAGUUCAGAAGAGUGGUCCGGCACGGUGUUCCGAAGGGAAGGAAGGUCGUCGGUUCCACUAACGCAGAGUGUCAGAAGGCACUUCUCAGGCAGUACAUAUUGAAGCAAAGAGUUCCGGUAGGUUUGUGCAACAGUGGCCCAGGGAGUCUGGUAAUGGGAUGAACAAAAUAGUUAACACAUACAUAUAUAGUACAUGAUCAUCAUAUCUUUCCUUCCAGUUUCUCUUCUGCUGUUCUCUAAUAAUCUUCCGAGUUUGAUGAUGUACAUGAGUCCUUUCUUCUGGGAAUUCUGAGGUUCCUGUUUAAUGGAAUGGGGACUUCACAAGUUUCAUGAUCCAAUGAAAGAUUCUUGGUCUGUUCUAAGA